GUCCGCGCCGCGCGCUGCCUGGCGGAGCAGGGCUAUGCCCAUGGCUUCGACGUGGGCUGCGCCAGCCCAGAGGAGCGCGCGCGGGUGCUGGCGGCGGGCAUCACGCUCUACGACAAGGCGCUGAGCUACGGGCAGCAGAUCCCCAUGGAGGAGAAAAGGGGCUGGUACUUCACCAUGGCAACGCUUUUCAUCAGGCUAGAUGGCAUCUUCCUGGAGCUGGGCAGAGAGGAGCAGAAGAGGCUGCCUGCCUUCAACCGCACCCUGGCCCUGCUCCGCCAAGUCCUCAAGUCCUCGGACCCCCAGCACCGAGCCCUGGCCUGGUGCUACCUCGGGAUGCUGCUGGAGAGAAAGCACACCUUCUCCACCACCCCCAUGGGCGUCCACGAUUGCGGGUACUCAGGGACCGACCCCCUGGACUGCUUCGGCAAGGCCAUCGAGAUUGCCAAGGACCAACCCCCGAUCCUGAAUCGCCUGGCCAAAAUUUUCCACUUCCUGGGAAAGCAGGAUAUGGCCAUUGGCACCUGCAACAUGUCCCUGGACAUCCUACGCGAUCCGGAGCUCAACUGGCAGGCGUACUGCACGCGGGCCAAGGUCCACAUCACAGCCUACCUGCACGACCUGGAGCGGGUCAAGAUGGGGCUCGGAGGCAUGCCUGACAGGAACCACCUGGCCUGCGCCAAGGCCGACCUCGAGGAAGUGGUCAAGGUAUGCCCAGGCCUCAAGACCUACCUGGACAUCGGCCAGGUCUACUACUACAUGGGCGUGGACGCGAUGCAGGAGCUGCUGGCGGUGGAUGAGGCGGCGCUGAACCAGGCGCUGGUCUUCCUGGCCAAGGCGGGCGAGUUGGAGCUGGGCGCCACGCUGCCCGAGCUGCAGCUGCUGCGGGGCAAGUGCCUCCGCAUCAAGGGCGAGGAGGCCAACGCGGCGGCCUGCUUCAAGCGCGUGGUGGAGCUGGACGACGCGGGCUGCAGCCACCCCGAGGGCUUCGGCUGCCUGCUCGAGGCGCUGCUGGCGCAGUGGAGCCAGGCGCAGCUGAGCGACGGCGAGCUGGGCCGCGAGGUGGACGCGUGGCUGCGCCGCGCCCAGGGCAAGUACCCGGCGGCGCGCCUGCGGCAGGAGCUGCAGCGUGUGUGGCGCGGGCACACGGGCGAGGUGCUGGGGCUGGCGCGGGCCCUGGUGAGCCAGGGGCGACCGGCGCUGGUGCGGCUGCUCUUCGAGACCAUGGAAGGCGACGGGGAGGGCGCCCGGGCGCCUCGGGGCCGCCGCGCCUUCUCCGUCUGAGGCCCCGCCCUCGAGGCCCUGCCCACAGCCGAUGACAGAUUCAGACUUGAGCCCCACUUCCGGACUUGUGGGCCAGUGUUCUCUGCCCUUUCCGGGCUGCCUCCUCUGCCCAGUUUACAUCUAUCAAGUCUAAGAGGACAACAGGCCUUCCAUUCUUUCACUCAACUAGCACAUACGGAGCACUCGUCGAGUGUCAAGCAUAGUGCCAAGCUCUGGGCUCCAUUGGAGAACAAAACAGACCUGCCCUUACCUUCAGGGAGCUCACAGGCUAGACCUGCACAGCAGGUUAUGCAUGGCCUUGUGGGCUGCAGUGGAGACUUGCGGAGACUAACAGGAAGCUGUGGAAGAUUUUAGCUGGCAGAGCUGGCUAUCGUCCCCCUCCACACCAGUCAUACGCACCCUGGAUUAGUGGCCUCUCCCCAGCCCAGUGGGGAGGAGAGUAUGGCUGUCCCUGGGCCUUAGGACCUGGUCCUUGGCCACCCCUCUCCAGCAAGCCACCGCGGAAGCCAGACCUUGCGCCCCCAGGACUGUGACUCUGGCUGGUAGGGGGAGGCUAGUGGGUGGCUGAUCAUUAUUUAAUUACAGUUUUGAGCUUGCAAACACCGCUGCCCACUGGGCAGCUGGGGGAACAACUGUGUCACACAACUGAAGCAGCAGGAGCUCCUUAGGGGAGCACUGCAGAGUAAAAGCCUUAAUGACCCCAUGAUGGGAGUAAUGAAGAUAAAUCACUCCUCGUGCGCCUGCCCACUCCUUCCUCUGUGUCUAGCACAGAUCGCAGGCAGCUAGACACUCCUGUUUAGCCAGUGUGAGCAAGGCGUGGUAAAGGAACGCAGGUGACUUUUCAGUUGCAGGUCUCCAGAAUCUCAGAGUUGGAAAGAACCUUAGUCAUCGCCUCUUCCAGCUUCUCCAUCUAAAGCAGGACUCCUUGCCCGGCUGGUGUGGCUCAGUGGUUGAGUGUUGACCUAUAA